CCAAUUCCGACAUGGGCUAGUCGACACACUCUGAAAAAUCCACGUGUAGCCCUGUGGAUCUCCGAUGCAUCGCUCCUCCUCUAGAUGUAGGCUUAGGAAUAUGCAUCAACAGUCUAGAAACUUGUAUAACAAAUCAUAAUUAAGCCGUUGCUUGCCUAACACUUUAUUAAUAACCGAAUCAACAAAGGACUAAAUUCUGCAUUUGCAGAUUUGGAAUUCGAUUCUCCGUUUUUCCUUCAACGCCCAGGGUUUCGCAGCUACGAUUCUGUUCAGAGAAACAAACGCUAAUCCAAUCUCUUUUGUUAAUUAAUACGGUUAUUUUUGUUUCUUGUUGUGUUGAUUCAAAGAUUUAGGGCUCUUCAGGGGUCAAAGUGAAUAAGCAGGAUUUCAAGGAUGUGUUGAAUUGAAGUAUCCUCAUUUCUGGACUAAGGUUUCCAAGUGUUGUUGGUUGGGUUUAUACUGAAUAGUAAGCUAAUAUGUUUUGCAUAAUUGGGGAAAAAUGGAAUACUAACACCAUCAUGGCUUUAGAUUGUGAUCGUGUUAAGGAGGUGCAUGAUGCUGUUCUUCAUAGCCUAAUACUUGUCUAGGUUCGGAUUUAUACUAGCAUACAUGUAGUUGUGUAUUAAGUAUAGAAAUAUAGAAUUUUAAAAUGGAAGAUUAUAGAGAAUCAGAGUUUACACUUCUUAGCUGGAUCAGCAAAAAUCCUUCUGAGGUGGCAGAAUCCCGUCUGUUUAUUUUCUCCUGUUUCAUUGCUGGUCUAGUAGGAAUUGUAACUAUAUUUUACACAGCUUUCCAGUGGAGAAGGAACAUAAACGGUAGUUGGAUGAAAGCCAUAGCCAGGUCAAAGAAAAACCCAAAAACAAGGAAUAAGGUCCCUGCGGCUCCUCAUACUUGGGCUUUGGAAACCAUUUCUCGAGGGAAAAGUUUAAAAUGCUGUGUCUGUUUAAAGUCCAUUUCUCCAUCUCAGACUCUUGGUCCAAUUGUUGCCUCAGAAAGAUUUUUUAAUCGUUGCAGCAUAUGUGGUGCAGCAGCUCAUCUGAGUUGCUCAUCGAAUGCUCACAAGGAUUGUAAAUGUGCAUCUAUGUUUGGAUACCCACAUGUGGUACAUCAGUGGGCAGUGCGCUGGACAGAGGUAGCUGAUCAACCUGAUGAGUCUUAUUUCUGCAGCUACUGCGAAGAGCCAAGUUCAUUUCUUGGUGGGUCCCCUAUAUGGUGUUGCUUAUGGUGUCAACGCCUAGUUCAUGUUGAUUGUCAUGCCAAUAUGUUCAACGAAACAGGUGAUAUAUGUGACCUGGGCCCUUUCAGAAGGCUUAUUCUAUCGCCACUUUAUGUGAAAGAGUUUAACAGGGGCGGACUGUUGAGUUCUAUCACACAAGGUGCCAAUGAAAUUGCUUCUUCAGUGCGUGCUAGUAUAAUAAGUCAAAGCAAGAAAUACAAGCACAGUAAUGAGAAACAUGGGAGUGGGACCUCUGCGGAGACAAGCAAUGGUGAUGUUGUUGAGGACACAACUGCUGAAUGCACUUUUGAUUCUCAUAAAGUGAAUGGUAAUUGUAGAAUAGAUGAAAAUUGCAAUUGUGGUGUAAAUAGAGAGGGUGUGGAUCAGCAGCAAGACAGUGGUGUGAAAAAGUUGAUAUCUAUACCCAGCUUCAAGAGGAGUUCAUCCAUUACUCAGAAGGAUGAAUCUCAAUUAAUGGGGCAGAAAUAUGAAUUGACUGAUUUGCCUCCGGAUGCCAGACCUCUGCUAGUUUUUAUAAACAAGAAAAGUGGAGCUCAACGAGGAGAUUCACUUAGGCAGCGGUUGAACCUUCUAUUAAACCCAGUUCAGGUCUUUGAGUUGAGUUCAACAGAAGGACCGGAAGUUGGUCUGCAUCUUUUCAGAAGGGUGCCACACUUCCGGAUUCUUGUCUGUGGAGGUGAUGGAACUGUUGGCUGGGUUUUGAAUACCAUAGAUAAACAAAACUAUGUUUCUCCUCCACCGGUGGCAAUACUCCCCGCCGGGACCGGAAAUGAUUUGGCUCGAGUUCUUUACUGGGGAGGUGGUUUAGGUUCAGUUGAGAGACAAGGCGGUCUUUGCACACUUUUACAUGAUAUAGAACAAGCAGCAGUAACCAUCCUUGAUAGAUGGAAAGUUUCUAUCGUAAACCAGGAGGGAAAGCUGCUUCAACCUCCGAAGUUCUUGAACAACUAUCUUGGGGUUGGUUGUGAUGCAAAGGUUGCAUUAGAAAUCCAUAAUAUGAGGGAGGAAAACCCCGAGAAGUUCUACAAUCAGUUCAUGAAUAAAGUUCUUUAUGCCAGAGAAGGUGCAAGAAGUUUCAUGGAUUGGACAUUUGCGGAUUUUCCAUGGCAAGUUAGGGUGGAGGUUGAUGGUGUCGAGAUUGAAGUUCCCGAGGAUGCAGAAGGUGUUCUCGUAGCUAAUAUUGGAAGCUACAUGGGUGGAGUAGACUUGUGGCAGAAUGAAGAUGAACACUAUGACAAUUUUGAUCCUCAAUCCAUGCAUGAUAAGAUGCUGGAGGUUGUUAGCAUUUCUGGGACGUGGCAUCUUGGGAAGCUUCAGGUGGGGCUUUCCAAAGCUCGGAGGCUUGCACAGGGUCAGUUGAUCAAAAUUCAACUUUUUGCUGCAUUUCCUGUUCAAAUAGAUGGUGAACCUUGGUAUCAGCAACCCUGUACAUUGACAAUAACACAUCAUGGACAGGCCUUCAUGCUGAAGAGAGCAGCAGAAGAACCUCUAGGUCAUGCAGCAGCAAUAAUUGCCGAUGUGCUUGAGAAUGCUGAAUCUAAUCAAGUGAUCGACGCGUCACAGAAGCGGGCACUUCUUCAAGAAAUGGCCAUCAGACUCUCUUAGACACCAACACAGUGAUUUGUUAGUUUGCAGCAGUAAAUCAAAGUUUGGUAUAAAACCCCACCUCUUGCUCUUUUUUUCUUUCUGUUUCUUUAGGUUCUUUCAUUUCACGUGUAAAAUAUAUAUGGAAAUUAGAAAUGCUUGUUUGUAUAAAAGAAAAAACUAGUCAGCGUCCGUUCGAGUGAAGAGACGACUUAUUAGUUUUUCGAUCCAAAAUCGAUGUAGUACUCUGCAUAUGAUCAUAACAAUAUCAAGCAAUCGGUUUCGUAACAUUCUCUUAACA